GCCUGAAAACAGAAAGUUAGACUCAGAAAGUUGGAAAGAGACACCACUUGUCCACGGGGAUGGAAAACUGAUCGAGUCCACGAUUUUAGAAACUUUAGCUGGGAGAGAAAAAAGAGGAGCAAGGAUAAGCCUCAGGAUACUACAGAUUAUGUUGCUAUGGAAACCGGAACCUGGAAGCGGACGCAAGGACCACUGAAGGUGGACAUCCUCCCUUGACUGCAUCCUCGACACGUUACUGUCCCGCUGCGCGCUGUGGUGAGAGAAUGCUGUGGAGAAUAACUAUCCCGGUCAUACUGGCUGGGGUGCUCUGCAUCACCGCAGAGUCCAAAAAGCACCGGCCCCAGGGAUCCAUCCCAUCCCCACACAAGACCAAAGGGAACCUGUCCUCAGAACGUCACCACCGGCUAUUGCAGCAGAAACCAGAGGUGCUGUCCUCCAGCCGGGAGGCCUUGGUGGUGACGGAGCGCCGCUACCUUCGCAGAGACUGGUGCAAGACCCAACCCCUCCGUCAGACAAUCAGCGAGGAGGGCUGCCGCAGCCGCACUGUUGUCAACCGCUUUUGCUACGGCCAGUGCAACUCCUUCUACAUUCCCCGCCAUAUGGGUCCCAACUCGGGUCAAGGACAGAAUCGAGGCCAAGCCUCAGGCUCUGGAAGGAAAAGCAACAACAAGGCCCAGGAGCCGUUCCAGUCCUGCUCCUUCUGCAGGCCACACCGCAUCACACAGCUCACAGUGCAGCUGGACUGCCCAGACCUGCAGCCCCCUUUCAGACACCGUAAGGUGCAGAGGGUCAAACAGUGUCGCUGCAUGUCUGUAGAUGUGAGCGGCCAUGGGAAACUGUGAAGAAGGACUAAGGAGGCCUUUUGAGAUUGAAAUGACACACAAUCUGUCAAAUGCAGAAAUUCAUAAACUUUGCCAAACAAGGACUGGCUCCAAGUUGAACUAUGCUCAACAAUGAUUUAAUCAGAGACUAGCAGCCAUGUUGGCGAGCUGAUGGUGUUGAAAGAGACUGAUUCAAGUGGCUGCACAAGAGACACUGAUGACGAUGUAGCCAAUUUUAAACAUUAAGCAAGUUUCCCCUCCCUGUUAUUUCAAGUUCAUAUCUACCUGACUAUUUGUACAUGUGUCAUUCUAUUCCUUGGUGAUAAAGGAAAGAAAGUGCCUUGAAGGUUUAAAACUACAAAACAUAAAGGAUACUGCUGAUAUUUCAGCGUCUUAAAGAAACCGUAGAAAUAGCGUGACCCCUAUUAAUGUAUUAUGAAAUGUUUUAUGCAGGUGUAUCGACAGUAAUUACACACUUUGCCACAUUGUUUUAACCUGUAGGAGAUGUUGAUGGUGUUUUACAAGUAUUGUAUCUGUUAUCCUGUAUCUUUUCCUUGAAUCUUAUUAUGUCACAAAUGAUACACAAAGUGAUGUCAAGGAAAAGAUUUCAAGAAACAUGAAGCAACACAGCAAUGACCAGUGGCAUCCAGCUGCUUGUACAUUUGUCACACAUAUACUAGCCAGUGGGAAAAACAUACUGCAGCAUGUGUAACGGAGGUGCAAUGCAAUAUAAACAGUAUAUAU